CCUUGGGGAAGCAACAGCAUUUUCUCCUGCUCGUUGGGGCCCCUCCACCAGCUGGAUGCUUCAUGGCUUCUCCCAGGUUAGAAACCUACUGCUGCCCGAACCGGGAUGCAGCUACACAGCUAGUGAUGAACUUCCAGCCUGAAGUCUUCUGCGGAGUUUGCAUUGGCAGCGCCUCCGUCAGUCUGCUACUGACCAUCCUGCAGCUCCUGCCGAAGAAGGGACAGAGCCCGCGGAAGAUGCCCAAAGCCUCCUCCUCUUCCACCAUCCUUCUUCUUAUCUCCAUCUGUGACAUCCUUGGUGGCUUAGGUAUUAUCUUCAGGUCAAGCGUAUGGCUAGGCUUCCCAGGCUUCAUAGCUAACAUUUCGGUGGUGAACAGGACGGACAUGUGGCCUUCCGCUUUCUGCGUGGGGAGCGCGAUGUGGAUUCAGCUGUUGUAUAGUGCUGGCUUCUGGUGGUUGUUUUGCUAUGCUGUUGAUUCUUACUUGGUGGUAAGAAGAUCAGCUGGACUGAGUACGAUUGUGCUGUACCACAUGAUGACAUGGGGCCUCGCGGUGAUGCUCUGCGUGGAGGGAAUUGCACUGCUUUACUACCCCUCUCUCUCCAGCUGUGAAAAUGGCUUGGAGCAUGCAAUCCCACAUUACAUCACAACCUAUGCCCCACUCCUGCUAGUGCUGGUGGUCAACCCAAUCCUGUUUAGGAGGACAGUAUCAGCAGUUGCCUCCUUACUGAAAGGGAGACAAGGAAUUUACACAGAGAAUGAAAGACGUCUGGGGACAGAGAUCCAGAUCCGCUUCUUCAAAAUUAUGCUAGUAUUUGUUAUUUGCUGGUCAUCCAAUAUCAUCAAUGAGAGCCUUUUGUUCUAUCUCGAAAUGCAGCCAGAUAUCAAUGAAAUGCCCCUGAAAAACAUCAGAAGUGCUGCACUGAUCACAUGGAUUAUAAUGGGGGUUCUUAAUCCUAUGCAAGGCUUCCUCUUCACGUUAGCUUUCUACGGCUGGAUGGGAUGCAGAGUGGACCUGAAAUGGCGAAAAAGAGAAAUACCCUGGGAAUCAAUGUCCUCAUCAACUGUGGACGAAAACGCCUAUCCCUCACCGGUGAACUACCAAAGCAACAUCCAUGAUUCAAAGAAGAUAUCGACAACUGACAGCCAACAGUCCAAUGAGGCUAUAGGCAUGUUGUCUGAAGGUAACACUAGCAAUGAUGACAGAUUAACCAGGAGCUCUCCCAUCUACCAGGGCUGGUAG